AUGGCACUGAGCUGGCGCCGGGUCUUCUGUCGGCGCUUUGCCAAGACGCUGCUCCUUCGGAACCUGGCGGCUGCUCCGGUUCCUCCGCCAGCGCCGGGACCUCCGAAAUCCGAAGCUCCGAAAGUGUAUCGCCAGCGUCUUCUCGAUGGAGGGGAGGAGGUCUUGACAGAGGCAGAGAAGCAGGAGAAGGACGAAAUCAUCAAGGACCUCACCAGGCGACUGAGUGGUCCCCUAGCAGACGAGGAUGGCAACGUUCCUACAGGGGAAGACCGGCCCAUUGCUAUUGAAGUGGAUGGGCCGUCCCAUUUCUAUGCCAAUUCUAAGCGCUACACUGCGUACACAAAGCUGAAGCACCGACUUCUCACAAGGAUGGGGUACAAGGUGUUGCAUGUCCCGUACUACGAGUGGAGAUCAUUGCGGGGCGCAGUGGAAAGAGAGGAUUACAUGCGGAAGAAGUUGCAGGAAGAGCCGACGGAAUGGCUGGAUCCAGAAGACGAGAAGUACUACAUGCAAGGUCCUGAGGAGGAUGAGGAGGAGUUCUCGGUGAAGCCAGAGGCACCAGCAGAGGAUACUCGAAAGCCUGACCCUUCUUGGCCCUCCACCCCUCAACCUCCUCCGCGACCACAGAAAACAGAGCAGGCUGCCCCUGAGACUUCUCAGACGCCGGGCCCUCCACCACCACCGGCCAUGCCCCCGAAAGGCCCUGCUCCACCGCAGCCGCGCCCGCGGGCGCAGUCGCCACCCGGCCCACCGCCUGCACCUCCCAAGCCGAGCUCCGAACCCUUCCCACCCUUCCCCAAUCCCCCGCGGAAGACGUGA